CAUUUUUUAAUUAUAAUGAUAUUCGUAUAUCUCUUCUUUCUUUGCAUCCGUAGAAUACAGGUAAUAUACUGUAUAGUGUUACUCGUAUAUCUGUACUCUACAGUUGGUUCCCGAGAACAAAUUUUCGGUGCCGCCUCUGUCAUUUUGACUCUCUUCAAUGAAAUUGAACUCAACUCAGAUACAACAACCAUUACCAUGAAUACUAUGAUCCUUCUUAAUUCACGCCCUUGUUUCAAAUUCAAUAAACCAUUUGUCAUCAAUACACCACCCUCCUCCUUCCAAAUCAUUGAACUCAAACGCAACUUCAAGUUCAAAAGCGAUUAUAGAAAAAGCUCUUGCAAAGCGGUCUUCUCCGAUGAUGCUCCUUUCGCCGCUGCAAUCGGCGCUUGUAUGCUCACUUCUUUGGUUUUUCCGAUACCUGUUGCCACCGAAGAGGAUGAAGAAUCCGCUAUCACUUCAACGGAUACUAGGCUGGCAGUUAUGGGGAUAAUGAGUUUCAUCCCUUACUUCAAUUGGCUCAGUUGGAUUUUUGCGUGGAUUGAUACUGGAAAUCGACGUUAUGCUAUUUACUCGCUUGUUUAUCUGGCUCCUUAUAUCAAGUCAAAUCUAUCAAUUUCGCCCGAGGAAAGCUGGCUGCCUAUUGCUAGCAUUCUCUUCUGCAUUGUUCACAUUCAGCUGGAAGCAAGCAUAAAAAAUGGAGAUAUCCAAGGAUUUCAACUAUUUAAGAACGUUAUGGAUCAGCAAUCAUCUAGUACACGGAACGAAGGCCGUUUGAGUCGGAAUCAAGAGAUGUCUAAGGGAAGCAAGAAUGAAAAGAAAAACCUACCAUCUGCCGAAGAACAAUCAAGAGACAUCGGAGGUUGGGAAGAUUCUCAGGGGCCUUUAGAAUACAAGCAACGCUUGAAUGACAGCAUAGACGAUGACGACGAAAAGAGGAGCAAGCAUUGAACUAGGAGAUACAUGCAUUUUCAGAUCAUCAAACAUCAACUGAAGAUGAAGAUUCUGACAAGUUUCAUGCCUGAUGUUAGUACUGUAUGUAAAGCUGUCUGGUUAGUUUUAAUAAAGUAUAAGUCAUCAUCUGAAUGUUGUUAUGUUAUGAUCAUAGAUUCUUUUUCACAGUUGGUGUUCAGCUCAUGCUUAUUUACCAAGUUAUACUAAAAGUGUCAUUUCCAUUGCCUUAUAGUUAA